AUGAAGUUGAUUAAUGUACAUACUCUUGAGAUUGAAACAUUCAAUGCAGGAGAGCAAGUUCCAAGAUACGCCAUUCUAUCUCAUACAUGGGGCAGCGACGAGAUCAGCUUCCAAGAAUGGAUCACAAAUUUCGGCAACCCCUCUCCUGAGUAUCUGGAGAAGGAUGGGUACCUUAAGAUCAUCAAUGCCUGCUCAAAAACGCGGGACGACAAGCUGCGUUACCUCUGGGUAGACACUAUCUGUAUCGACAAAUCGAGCAGCGCUGAGCUCUCAGAGGCGAUCAACUCUAUGUUUGCGUGGUACGAACGGGCUACCGUCUGUAUUGUGUACAUGGCGGAUGUUGAAUGGGAAAAUGAGCUCAUCCACAAGAUUCACUCCAACCAACACUCAAACUUUGGCUCGAGUCGAUGGUUUACACGCGGGUGGACCUUGCAGGAGUUGUUAGCUCCCCGGAAAGUCUUCUUCUUCACCAAGGAAUGGACAGAGAUCGGCACCAAGUCUGAACUAAUGUUCAAAAUCUCAAAGAUUACCAGUAUCGACGUUAGUUAUCUCACCGACACUAGAAGAAUCUGGUCGGCAAGCAUUGCUGCACGUAUGAGCUGGGCGUCCAAUCGACAAACAACACGACCUGAAGACAUGGCUUAUUGCUUGCUCGGCAUCUUCGACAUCAACAUGCCGCUGCUUUACGGAGAGGGUUCACGGGCUUUUCUACGGCUGCAAGAGGAAAUCAUCAAGUCCGCCGAUGACCACACCAUUUUCUGCUGGACUUGGGAUGCAGACAAGACCCCUGAUCAAUGGCAGAGCGUUCUGGCUCCUUCUCCAUCAGUCUUUUCAAAUUCAGGCUCUUUCGUGGCCACGCACAGAAACUUUGAGAGCGCGCCAUAUCAAGUCACUAAUGUCGGAUUACGCAUCAAGCUUCCUGUGGUAGCUGCAGUCAACUGUCUCGGCGCCAUGUUGUCCGUCAUCAGCACGGAUGAUGCGGACCCGGAGCACAAACGAAUGAUGUGCCUGCCUCUAAUGGAAGAGGGGCACAUUUACCGAAGAUGCCCGUUCCCCAGUCGCCCAUUUCCCGUCCACCGAUCUAUGGUAUGCGAGACUAAGGAAAUGUACCUUUUGUACAAGAUCUCGAGGAAUACAGAGGAUCUUAUGCCGUGGCCGUAUCGCCAUCUGUUUGAGUAUGGCUUUCACAUCAACAUCCUCGACGAAUCAUUUUCCACAGACAUAAACCAGCAAAUGAUUACCUCAGUCGACUGCUUGGUCCCUCAGCAUAAGCAGACCCCCACAUCGCACAUAUCAAGGCCAGUGUACAGCACAGUUGGCUUUCGGUCAGCCCUGACACAUGCUUUUGGAGGCUUGAUACUGAGAAUCAACUACCAAAAUGAGAGGUUUCUCGUCUUUCUCUCAGUGGGUCAAAGCGAGGGGAACUUGAAAUGGAACUGUGAAGUUCUAGAUCCCAAGUUCGCGGACCACAACGUUGAUGAUUGGCUCCGCGAAUUCGAGGUGCACAUCAACAGCACAGAGAACAUGCCCGAUUGUAACUUCCAUUCAGCGCUUUCACCGAGUGGCACCGUACAGAUACUCAUAGCACUGGAUGGAGACAUCGCAGGCGAGGAUGGUCGACGAUACGUGGGGUACGUUGCAGCGUAG